UCUCGCCUCACUUGCUCACUCGUAGUUUGAGAGAGAGCGAGAUGGUGGCGGUGGCGGGAGGAGGCGGAGGAGGGCUUGGGGGAGAGAGCGAGAGGGAGAAGGCGGCGUUGGAGAAGGUCGUACAGGGAGCCUUCCAUAUCUCCCGCUUCCACAAGAUCGUCCUCUCCUGGGACUUCAUCCAACUCCUCUCCGAAUCCUCAGAUGCCUCCUCUAAGAAGAGGAAGAAGGGGGACGGGGGCGGUUUGGUGCUCCAGAAGGUAAAACAUACUUUCAGGGACGUUGACGAGUACAUGCGCAUCUUCGAGCCUCUCCUUUUCGAGGAAGUUAAGGCCCAGAUCACCCAAGGGUCCGAUGAAGAAGCGGGAGGAUGGGACGUCGGUGUCGUGGUGGCCAUUGAGGAGUCGAAUGGGUUCCAUAUUUUGUCGUUCGUCGUCAAGCCUGAAUUCGGCGAAGACGUGUCUGACAAUGAUCUCGUUCUUCUCUCGAGGGAGAAGUUUGAAGGUGCAAAAACAUUGCCCGCCACUUAUGCUUUUGCAAUUGUGGAUGGCCGUGAUGGUGGAACCAAGCUCAAGCUAAGAACGUUUCUCGGUGGAGAGGUCAAACAACUAAACGUUGAGGAGGUUGAGAGCAAUCCUAGGCUCUCGAGAAUGCUCUCUGUAUUUCAGAUGAAGAACAUUCCUAUCAACAUACGAAAGGUAUGCAGUUUAUCAACUAUCAUGCGUGAAUAUGCUGCUCUCCAUGCUGUUGGUACCCUUCCCUUCUCAGAUCUGAUAUUAUCUGCGACGGCAAAGAUGCAAAAUGGUGAUCUUAGAGAUCAUGCAUGGAAUGUUCCAAGACCUCUCAUGGAGUUUUUAGAGAAUAAUCAUAACAAGUCACAGUUAGAAGCCAUACAGGCUGGUCUUUCGCGUCAACCUGUCACCUUAAUACAGGGCCCUCCUGGAACAGGAAAGACACAAACAAUUCUUGGACUGCUUAGCGCAAUUCUGCAUUCAACUCCUUUAAGGGUCCAGGCAAAGGGCGUGUCAUUUGCUUUACAGAGCAGACCAGUAUUGUCUUUCACAGACAAAUAUGUCAAUUGGCUUGUUUUCUUUCAUAGAUAUGUCAAUUGGGUGAAAGCAUCACCAUGGUUAACUGGAACAAAUCCAAGAGAUGCAAUCAUGCCAGAAGAUGGUGAUGAUGGUUUCUUUCCAUUAACAGGAAAUGAAUUAAAACCUGAAGUUGUUGCUAGCAAGCGAAAAUACCGUGCCCAUGUGUUGGUAUGUGCUCCAUCAAAUUCUGCACUAGAUGAGAUUGUUGUCCGCUUGUUGAACACAGGUAUUGUGGACGAAAAUAGCCAUCAGUAUCAUCCAAAAAUUGUCAGAAUUGGUUUGAAUCCUCACCAUUCUAUUCAAGCAGUCUCAAUGGAUUACCUGGUGGAUCAAAGGCUUGCAAGUAUGGAUUUUUCAACAGGUGGUGCAGGAAAAAAUAUGGGUCCUUCAUCAUUGCAGCGGGAUCAUAUACGUGCUUCAAUAAUUGAUGAAUCAGCCAUUGUUUUCUCAACCUUAAGUUUUAGCGGAUCAGGCCUUUUCAGUCGAAUGAACCGUAUAUUUGAUGUUGUUGUCAUUGAUGAAGCUGCUCAAGCUGUAGAACCAGCAACUCUUAUACCAUUGGCUCAUGGAUGCAAGCAGUUGUUUCUGGUUGGUGACCCCCUUCAGUUGCCUGCCACUGUGAUUUCUUCGACUGCUGAGAGAUUUGGGUAUGGGAUGAGCCUAUUUAAAAGAUUUCAGCUGGCUGGCUAUCCGGUGCAUAUGCUAAAGACCCAGUAUCGCAUGCACCCUGAGAUACGAAGCUUUCCAUCAAAAGAAUUUUAUGCUGAAUCCUUGGAUGAUGGCCCCAAUGUUCUACUUGGUACAAUGCGUGCAUGGCAUGUGUACCGUUGCUUUGGGCCAUUUUGUUUUUUUGAUAUAGAUGGCAUUGAGUCCCAGCCCUCUGGAAGUGGCUCAUGGGUAAACAUUGAAGAAGUGGAAUUUAUCCUCCUUAUGUUUCAUAAUUUGGUCUCCAGAUAUCCUGAACUCAACUCGAGUUCCCAAAUAGCAGUCAUUUCUCCUUAUAGACACCAAGUGAAACUUAUUCGUGAGCGCUUUCGUGCUGAACUUGGAGCACAGGCUGGUCAGUUAAUAGAUGUAAAUACAGUAGAUGGUUUCCAGGGGCGAGAAAAGGAUGUAGCAAUUUUUUCAUGUGUGCGUUCCAACACUGAAAAAAGGAUUGGUUUUGUAGCUGACUUCCGGCGGAUGAAUGUGGGAAUUACAAGAGCGAGAUCAUCAAUCCUGGUGGUUGGCUCCGCAUCUACACUAGCACACGACAAGCAUUGGCACGGCCUUGUGGAAAAUGCUAAAGAAAGAAAAUGUUAUUUUAAGGUGUCGAAACCCUACUCUUCAUUUUUCAGUGAAGCGAACUUAAAGUCUAUGAGGACGUCUGCGGAGAGAGUAGGAUAUUCGGAUGAAGACAGCAAGGAAAUUCUUAAAAGGCCUGUAGUGGAUCUGGCUGCAGGCUAUAAAGAAGAGACUGAAAUGGAUGCUGCAGUUUACGAGGCGGAUGCUGAUGAUGGUACCAUCGAUGAAGAUUACGGUGGUUUUGAUGAUUAAAAUUUUUCUUUUUUUCGACCCCCAGGCUGCAGUAACAAGUCCUGAGAUAGGCAUCAUGUAUUUAUUAUGUAUUAGAAGAGUGUAGGUAAAUGUUACGGGAUUCUUAUACCAUGUAAUAGAAUCUGCAGGGCCGUUGUCAACUAGUUUUUAAGGCAAUAUAUCUUUUCCACAUUAUUUUUGUAUCCAGUGUACUCGUUUUUGCGGCAAAUGUUAAUGUAAAAAGUUUUUAGUGUUUUUCUUACUCG